CGCGGGUGGUUUUCACGCGCCGUAAAACCUACCGCAGCCAAUAAAUACCAAAUCGGCGGCUCCGUCUUCCAUUAUCUUCUUCCUAGCUCCGUUUUCGUGUUAAGCUUUAGAAUCAUCUCCCUCUUUCGUUGUUUCAUUUUCUGAGAUUUUCAGCUGCAAAGAUGGCAAAUGCAGCAUCGGGAAUGGCUGUGCACGAUGAUUGCAAAUUGAAGUUCAUGGAGCUGAAAGCAAAAAGGACACAUAGAUUCAUCAUUUAUAAGAUCGAGGAAAAACAGAAGGAGGUGGUUGUAGAAAAAGUCGGUGACCCGACUCAAAACUAUGAGGACUUUACGGCAUGUCUCCCUGCUAAUGAAUGUCGCUAUGCUGUUUUUGAUUUCGAUUUUGUGACUGCAGAGAAUUGCCAGAAGAGCAAAAUCUUCUUUAUAGCAUGGUCUCCGGACACUUCACGAAUUAGAAACAAGAUGAUCUACGCUAGCUCCAAGGAUCGAUUUAAGAGGGAGCUAGAUGGUAUUCAAGUUGAACUACAAGCGACCGACCCAACUGAAAUGGGGCUCGAUGUUAUCAAGAGCCGUGCUAACUAGGUAAGAGGAUUCGAUUUUACCCCUUUCAAGAAAUUAAGAAUGACUGUUUUGCUUCGAUUGAAUGUUAAAAUCGAUUUUUAUGUUUAGUUGUGACAAAGCAUUUCUAUACUGUUAUAUUUAAAUUAUGUGCCUGUUA